CCAAAGACAAAAUAAUUUCAAGUGGAAACAUGUCUUCACUCCGUUCAGAUCCGGUUAACUGGAUCCUUCCCGAGCCGAUCGAUCACUUCGACCGUCUCCCGGACUCUCUUCUCCUCUUAGUCUUCAACAAGAUCGGCGACGUUAAAGCUCUCGGCCGAUGCUGCGUCGUUUCGCACCGUUUCCAUUCCCUCGUCCCACAAAUCGAAAACGUCGUCGUUCGUGUUGAUUGUGUCAUCUCCGACGACGAUUCUUCCCCCUCUUCCGCUUCCUACGACAAGUCAUGCUCCGCCGGUCUGAUUUCUAGCCUCUUCCGGUUCCUUUUAGAGGGCAUUGUCAAACCGUUUCAAGCUGUGGCUCAUUUUCUCGGUCCGAAACGGCCCACUAUCAGUGAAACCCUUAACACCCAUCCGUCUUCUCCUUCUUCCUUAUCUGUUGGUCCUGUUGGACCCCGUGCUGAUGUUAACAAUGGGGAAAUGGAGCAAGGUGGUGUGACACAUCAUUCUCCGACGCAAGUACUUAGAAAUUUCGACGAGAUUCGUUUUCUUCGGAUUGAAUUACCCAGCGGCGAGUUAGGGAUCGAUGGUGGGGUUCUUUUGAGAUGGAGAGCCGAUUUCGGGUCAACCCUUGAUAACUGCGUCAUCCUUGGAGCUGCUUCCGUUACUAAGAACGUGCUUUGUCAGGUACCGGGGUGUGGGAACGAUGGGUUUUGCCCCAAUAAUAACAUCGCCAACGUUGAUGAUAAUGGGAGUAUUCCCGAGUCGUUUUAUACGAACGGAGGCCUGAAAUUACGGGUUGUAUGGACGAUUAGCUCGUUGAUCGCUGCAUCGGCGAGGCAUUAUUUGCUUCAACCAAUAAUUGCAGAGCAUAAGACGCUGGAUAGCUUGGUUUUAACUGAUGCGGAUGGACAAGGGGUGCUUUGCAUGAACAGAGAUCAGCUUGAGGAGUUGAGAGUGAAGCCAUUAUCGGCUUCUUCUGCUUCGAAAAGGACUCAGGUGCCAGCACUGAAUAUGAGGCUUUGGUAUGCUCCUCACUUGGAAUUGCCUGAUGGGAUUGUUUUGAAUGGUGCUACUUUGGUUGCUAUUAGGCCAAGUGAACAGUCUGCUUCAAAGAAAGAGGUUUCUGAUGCUUCUUGGUUGUCAACUGCUUUUGAAGAGCCUUAUGGGACUGCAGCUAAGAUGCUUGUUAAGAGAAAAACUUACUGUUUGGAGAUGAACUCGUUUUGAUGUCUGCUUCCUGAUCUUUGAAGGGAGAGACAUCGAGCACAAUGGUCAAGGGGGAAGAAACGAUAGCAUGCUUUUGGAAAGUCGACGAACAAACAACAAUUUUGUUCCAUAUUGUAGCUUUAACCUCAUGCAGUGUUCUGUGAAGCUAAACCUUGCUUUUGACCGCCAUUGAAAGCAACCCAUGCAUAAUGAUAAUGGACUGCAAGUGUUUUCAGCUUUUGUUCUUCUACUGAUAGCCAAAAUGCAUCUGCUGGUUGUUUUUAAAUUUCAGGCAUAUGCUUGUAAGCGUGCACACCUGCAACAAGACCGAUGCUGUAAAGUAUUGAGUUUUUUUUCGUCCUCGACUUUUUAUCAAUAAUCCCUCUACAUAUGUGAAUAUUGUAGGUAUGAAGAUGUCAUGCUUUAUGUUACAUAUACUUGAAAGUUAAUCAAGAAUUUUAGUUUGCACCUAUCCUUGAAUGUUUAUUCGAUAAGCUUACUAUACUCCCAUCAAAGAUUCAUUGAUACUUAUUGUCUUAUCCUUGUAAAUUCGAAUUCAGAAUUCGAUGGAUAUAUCACUUGUUAAGAAUGAUUGUAUGAGUCAACUUUGUUAAGCGCAAAUUCGGGUUCUUAUUAUUGUUUUUAUAAA